AUGCUUUGCAGCUGCGGAAUCAAACGGAGGAAGGGAGACGAGCACCGCAGCGCGCCGCUGAUCGAACGGCGGGGAGCGAUGUCAGGCCCAGGUUUGGACGCGGCGGGGCUGGUGAAGGGGGCCGGGGCCGGGGCCGGGGCCGGGGCCGGAGGGUCGCGCGCUCGGCGGAAACUCCUGACGGCGGAAGAAGCGGAGCUGUUUGAGCUCGCGCAGGCGGCGGGCAGCGGCCUCGACCCGGAAGUGUUCAAGAUCCUGCUGGACCUUCUGCGCAUGAAUGUUGCCCCUUUGGCAGUCUUCCAGAUGUUGCGUUCCAUGUGUGCUGGGCAAAGACUUGCUGGUGCUGACGUUGCUCCAGAGCCAGCACGAGAGCCCCCAAUUGUCUCUGCCAAGACCAGUAAAAUCCCUGCACCACUCUCUUUUUCCUCUGUCCUUCGACCGCCACGAAUAAGAGUCACUAAGGCUGUGGUCUACAGUCCUGCUGCAGCUUACUCGCCUCUCUCUCAAGGUCCCCCUGGCUCUUUCCAGUUUUCUUGCUGCCUGUUCUCUCCUUUUGCAGGGAGAACCAGAACCAUUCCUGCAGCAACUGUGAACCAAGCUUUUCCGGAUCAUAGCAACCGUGAAGGAUCUGUUCAACGUAUACCUCGGCAGCCAAGUGCCAGUAGGCUGCAGAAGGCUGGAUGUCCUGGGAAAAGUACAUAGAUGCUUGGAAAGAGAAUGGCAGAAAUAUUUGUAGUUCCAGUAGUGCAGUGAAACUGCAACAUAGCAAAUAUAGCUAGUCAGGACUGAUUAGGAAUGUUUCAAAACAUCACGCAUAAGUUGUAUCAAGAAAGCAUGUGCAAAGAAUGGGAUGAAGAAUGAUUGCUACAUAAUACACUAAUUAAUAAAGAUUCUAAUGAACCA